AUGUUUGACAAAAAUCAAUACAGUUAUGCCCUGCUGGCCGGUGUGCGAGCAUCCUUGGCUCAGGACCCCAACUGGAUUGAGUUGAAUGCAGUCGGAGUGUAUGAGUUGCGGUCCUUCCAGAUGCAUCCGGGGGGUCCAGCGGUGUGGGGGGAGGCCUUCCAGGCUGCAGUCAGUGCCCACGCUGCCGGGGGGCACGCCCACCUGGUGGGGGUCUUUCACAGUGAGUUUGGAUGGCUCAACAACGUCAAUGCCCUGUGGUGGUACGAGAGUCCGGACCAGCGGGCAGCGCUAUGCCACAAAGCCCAUGGGGAUGCCAGGGUAGUGGCAGCCGUGAGGGAGAGUGUGACCUACCUGGGGUCGCAGAUGAACAAACUCAUGUUCCCCUGCCCCCACUCUCCCCUCAAGUGA